AUGACGACGCUAAAGAUGAGAAUUUCAGUCAACAAAAGGAAAGGAGAUGAUCGGGAAAAGGGUUUAAAGAUCACGAGGAAUCUACUCAUCACAGACAACAAGCUUGAAUCCAAGAAGCGUGCAUGUUCUGAUGAUUUCAACGGAAAAGAAAUUAAGAAGCGGCGGAAAAGUUGUCUGCGAAAUCAUUCUUCUUCAUCACCGACUGCCACCCUUCUUGCUGCUCACCGAUCUUCUCAUCAUUCUUCUUCAUCAUCGACUGCCACCAUUCACGGAAGUGGGUGGGAUCGCCAAAACAAACCUAAGAGUCGUGAAACUUCGGAACAAGGUUGUCUGCGAAAUCUAAGAGGUGGAAGGGAUUGUCAGAUGAAAACGCCGCCGCCAUUGCACAGCGAAAAGGAAAGUCGUAGGUUUGAUCAUUCAUCGUCAUGUGCCACCACUGCCGCAAUUGAUAAAGAAAGUUGCAGUACUACUUCACUUACUGUUGGAGCUCCACUUUCUCCAACUCAUGCUCUACGUGCUGCCCAGAUGAAGGAACGUUACGCACAUCUUAUUUUCAAAGCAAAUCUUCAUCUCGCGGCCAUGAAUCAGGGAGAUAAUAAUGCUGACCCACUGAAACAACAACAAGAAAGAGAGAGGCGGGAGAUUGCAGAGAAAGCCAGGAUUGAAGAAGAAAUUAAAGCUGCCCAAACACUUCUACGGAUGAGGGCAGAGGCCGAUCUGAAAAUCCAGAGAGAAGCUGCCAGAAUCUCAUUGGAGAAUAUGGAAAAGACUGUUGAAUUCGACGACGCUAUGCAGAUAAUAAGAGAUUUUGAGAGUUUGUUGAAUGCUCCUGUUUGCUAA